GAAGCAAAACAAAUGACUAGCCUAGAAGCAUAAAAAGCCAAAAGAAAGUUCAGUCUUUGGGCUUAAUGUGUACAGCAUGCUAUAUAAUUAGUUACACAGAGAGAGAGAGAGAAAGAAGGCAAAAUGUGCAUGGAGAAUAACACACACCAUACAUGCAACAAUUCACACUCCAAACAUGCUCAAUCAACUAUUUUUACCACCUUGGUCUUUUCUCCACAAACAAAAAAGCAAAUCAAUGGCUUCUCUUCGCUACUUUCACCAAUUUGCUGCUCUUCUUCCUUCUCUGGUUCUAGCAAUAUUCUUUUCCACCAUUUCCCUUCCAUCUUUCACUUUUUCGCAAGUCCCAAGCCCCAGCAUAGCACAAUGUGCUCCUCAGCUCCUUCCGCUGGCCUCAUGCGCACCGUUUGUUCAAGGCACCGCUCAGUCCCCCACCGUGCCCUGCUGCAAUAAUCUCCGGCAAAUCUACAACCAGCAGCCAAAGUGUCUCUGCCUUUUGCUCAAUGACACCACCUUGAGCUCAUUUCCUAUCAACUCCACACUUGCCCUGCAGCUGCCUCUUCUUUGCAGCCUCCAAGCAGACAUGUCUACUUGUUCAGGGGUUAGUGUUCCUCCUCCUCCUACUUCACCCGGAUCUCAAGUUUCCCUUGGGACAAACCCCCACACCACCGCUGGUUCGAACUCUACUGUUGCUGCUUCUCCAACAUUUCAAACUGCACCAAGACCCAGCAUUACGGGAUUGGGAUUUGGCAACAGUGCCAGCAACAAACCGAAGACUGGUGGUGGCUAUAUAGUGGUGAUGAUGGCUAUGAUGAUGGCUUCUCUGCUCAAAGAACUUCUCUAAUCAAUCUGAUUAAUAAAAUAGCAUAACAGUGUGCUUAGUGUUUUUUAUGUAUGUUUAGGAUUUAUUAGUGGUGACUUAGGAAUUUACUGAAUAUGAUUUGAUUUUAAAAUAUUACAUUUCUAAUUACUUAAAACAUACAGCAGCUUUUAAUAUCUUCUGGAACAUUAAAAUCUGAAUAAAAAAACCCAGCAACUUUAGCAGACUAAAAUUUGUCUAUCUUAGCCAACUUUACAAUAUGAGAAGAUAUAAAUUGACAACCAAAUUACGUAAUUGUGAAGCUAAAUUGCAGCAACAGCUAAUUUACUUAUUAUCACAGAUCAUACUUGCAUGAAAUUCAGAAAGUUAAGCUUAUUAUCACAGAUCAUAUUUGCAUGAAAUCAACAAAAUUAAGCUGACCAUCAUGAUACAACUCUAGCAAAACAUAAGAGUGCAACAUUUAACUUUUACAAGAUAGUAAUUGAUGCUCAUUUUGCAAGGCUUUUGAAAAUCUUACCUAGCCAAAACUUUUAAGACUUUUUUUUUUUUUUUCCAUAUAAUAUGUCUUAGAAUAGUACUACAUAAAAAUGAAACACCGCUGCUCUGCCUACAUGUUUUUAUCCUUCAGUCUGAGUUCCAAUAUCAUUGGAAAGUCUCAACAAUGAGAAAACAGCAGAAAUCAAAUUGACAGGCAUUUUGAAAAUUUUUUUCUCAGAUCAAAUGCACAUCAAUAACUCUUGUAUCGUAUUUCACAAGAUUGUAUAAUAAAGUAAGCUAAAGCUUAUAAAUGGAAACAUCAUCUUACAAAUUGUGGACAAUACCAUCUUUUGAUUGUUUCUUUGCCUAGGCUGGUAUUUUUCAAUAUAUCAUAUGUAAAGGUUGUUCAUUCUGCUAUAGAAA